GGUAUGGAAAAGGAUAUGAUGAAAAAGAAAAAAGCUACUUUUAAGUUAAAACUCACCAAGAAGAAUUUUUUGGGGGUCAGUUACUAGCACAUUCCUAGAUCUCACAGUUUCCAGAAAUCCAGGCUUUUUAGUCAUUGUGUUGUUUUUUUUUCUAUCUCGAGAAAAAUCCCAUUUGUUUUUUGAUAAGCUCAAAAUAUUGCCCAUUUUAGCAUAAUUGAGUAAAAGAAAGAAACUUAUCAUUUGGGUGUUUGAGGUUUUCAAUCUUGAAAACAAAAAGUUUAUCAUGUUCUUGUGGAGAGGUUGAAACUGGAAAAAGGGGCAUUUCUUGUUAUGGUAAAUGAGGAUUGGUUUGGCUUGCUAUGGAUGAAGCAAUGUUGAAGAGGUGAAUUAAGUGAAGAAUGGUUUUUUAUUGUUAAAAAAAGUUACUUUGUUGAGAAGUUGAGAUUGUAGAAAUCUGGUAGAUUAUGGAAAGAUUGUUGUAUCUGGUUUGGAAUGUGGGGCUGUUACUGGUUUGUACAUUGCUGGAGCGUUCUUCUGCUACACUUUCACCUGCUGGUAUAAACUAUGAAGUUGUUGCGUUGACGGAAAUUAAGAAGGCGUUACAUGACCCCUAUAAUGUUCUGGACAAUUGGGAUGUGAAUUCUGUAGACCCAUGCAGUUGGAGAAUGGUGACUUGUUCCUUUGAUGGCUAUGUGUCUGCUCUAGCACUACCUAGUCAAAGUCUAUCUGGCACCUUAUCGCCUGGAAUUGGCAAUCUCACUAACUUGCAAUCUGUAUUGUUGCAAAACAAUGCCAUUUCUGGUCAUAUUCCUGAUGUGAUCGGGAAGUUACAAAAGCUUCAGACAAUUGAUCUCUCCAACAAUAAAUUCGAAGGCGAAAUACCCACUUCCUUUGGAGACCUGAUGAAUUUGAAUUAUUUGGAUGUCUCUUAUAAUAAUCUAAGUGGUACCCUUCCUAAAAUAUCAGCAAGAGCUUUCAGAGUGCUCGGGAAUCCUUUAAUUUGUGGUCAAGGUUCUGAGAAUAAUUGUUCAGCAGUCUAUCCAGAACCACUGUCCUUCCCACCAGAUAGUCUGACUGAUCAACCAGGUGCUGCACGCAAGAGCCCUCGCGUGGUUGUUGCAUUUGUUGCAAGUUUUGGUGCUGCUUUCUUGGUCAUAGUAGCCAUGGCUUUGCUUCUUUGGUGGCGCUACAGACAUAAUCAGCAGAUCUUCUUUGAUGUCAACGAGCAUUGUUAUCCAGAGGUAUGCUUGGGUCACCUGAAAAGGUACGCCUUUAAGGAACUGCGGACUGCCACUGACCAUUUCAGCUCAAAACGUAUUUUGGGAAAAGGAGGAUUUGGUGUUGUGUAUAAGGCCUGCUUAAACAAUGGAACUGUUGUGGCCGUCAAAAGAUUGAAUGACUACAAUGCUGUCGGUGGUGAAAACCAAUUUCAGACAGAAGUAGAGUUGAUUAGCUUGGCUGUCCAUCGGAAUCUUCUCCGUCUUUUGGGGUUUUGUUCAACUGAAAGUGAACGACUUCUUGUUUACCCCUAUAUGCCAAAUGGAAGUGUAGCAUCACGAUUAAAAGAUAGCAUAUAUGGUAAACCAGUUUUAGAUUGGUCAAGGAGGAAAAAGAUAGCCCAAGGUACAGCUCGAGGGCUAGUUUAUUUGCAUGAGCAGUGUGAUCCCAGAAUUAUCCAUCGUGAUGUCAAAGCAGCCAACAUUUUGUUGGAUGAGGAAUUUGAGGCAGUAGUUGGUGAUUUUGGGUUGGCAAAGCUAUUGGAUCACCGAGAUUCUCAUGUGACAACUGCUGUUAGGGGAACCAUUGGCCACAUUGCUCCAGAAUAUUUGUCAACUGGCCAAUCGUCUGAAAAAACUGAUGUUUUUGGGUUUGGGAUCUUGCUACUUGAGCUGAUUACAGGCCAGAAAGCUAUGGACUUUGGUCGAGGGGCCAACCAGAAAGGUGUUGUUAUGCUUGAUUGGGUGAGAAAGCUGCAUCAAGAGGGGAAAUUGAACCUUAUGGUAGAUAAAGAUUUGAAAAAUAACUUUGACCGGAUUGAGCUAGAAGAAAUGGUUAAAGUUGUCCUUCUAUGUACCCAUUUCAACCCUUCUCAUCGCCCAAAAAUGUCCGAAGCAUUAAGGAUGUUGGAGGGCGAUGGAUUGGCUGAAAAAUGGGAGGCAUCACAAAAGCUUGAGACUCCAAGAAACCGAGCUUUUGAACAUACUCCACAAAGAUAUUCUAACUAUGAAGAAGAAUCAUCACUAGUUGAACCAAUGGAGCUUUCUGGACCUAGAUGACAUCCAUUCUUCGUUCUACGCGAUUCUUAUCAUCCGUGAGUUGCCAAAGUUGAGGUGAGAAAUAUUUUAUUGCUGUUAAUAGUUGUUGAAUGUAUGUAUUCAUCUGUAAAAGAAAAGGGAAAAAGUCAUGCUUAGGAUUUUUGUUAGCUGAGCUCAUUUAUGCCCUCGUGAAUAAUAUGCCAUGUAAUUAUGAUUUCAUUAGUUCUUUUUUAGAUGAAAGAUUUGAGAUUUUUGAGUAGGAGGGCCAUAGGGCUUGCCGUUCUCAUGACCACUGUUGAUUUGAUUAAAGAUUUCUUAGUUCAUUGGUC